AUGGCCAUGAAAAACUUAACCUUGGGAAUUCAAGCUAAUAUUACUGAUGUUGAUAUAACUAUUCCAGAUAUUAUAUUAAAAAAGAGAAAUUUAUUAUUUUCUAAAGGGAUUAGUGAAAAAGAAAAUUUAUAUCAUAAUAUUACUGGUUAUAUACGUGGCAAAUGGAAUAAAUUCUUCGUUCAUCCAAAUGACACGUUAAUUCCAAAAUAUGCGCAAGAUUUUAUAAAAAUACUAUCAUAUAACAGAGGACUAUUAAGCAUAGUUUUAGAAGAGUCUAUAUUUAAUGAUAGCCAAAUAACAGACGCAACUCUAUCAAUUCAAGAUGAAAUUGGCAACUUAUAUAAAAAUAUCAAUCUUAAAGGAAUUCAUUUUAAAAACGAUGGCUCAUUAAUACUUACAUCAUCAUCACAUAAAUUCCCAAGUCUUAUAACAAUUCCACUUUUUGCAUUUAAUAAUUUCACAUUUCAAAAAUCACUUAGAUCAAUAACUCAGAUUUUAGAACAACAAAUAAAGCAGUUACAAGAUAGUAUACCUAAAAACAAAAAAAUUCAAAUUCCUAGUGACAAUAAUGAAUAUUGCGAGUUCGUUGUUUAUUUGCAGCUUCUUCCCAACUAUGACAAUAAAGAGCCUAAAUUAGAAGAAAUAGAAAAAGAACUUCAAACACCAAAUGGCCUUCCUUACUCUUUAGUACCUCCUAUUUUGCUUUCCGGAAUUAUUAUGUCUCCUGACUGCAAAUUUUCAUUAGACUUUGAUAAUAUCACUGGCAUUAAAAAAGAAAAAUAUUAUGCAGACAUUAAUAAGAUAGCAUUCUUUCAAAAUCUUCUAAUUAUUAUACAAAUUUAUUUGCUCAUAAAACAAAUGAAUGAAACGUCAACUCCAUCAAGCAUUUCUAGAAUAUCAUUUUGGAGUAUUUGGAUACAAGCAUCUUUGGAUGGAUAUACUUGCAUGAUUUUCCUAUCGGCCUCUAUAUCACAUAAUAGUAUAUUUCUUUCUUCUGUUACUACUUCAUUUCUUUCAUUUACUCUCGUUGCAAUAUUUGGAAUGCGAUAUUUACUUAUUAUUCAUCGUAUACAACAGCCUGAAAAUAGGACAACUGCUAUAGAAAGGCGCGACCAUAGCGAAAUUAAUGAAGAAACAGUUAUGUCAAAUCGGCAAGACUACGUAAAUCGGAAUCAGGAGAGUAGAACUAGACAAGACCAAUAUGAUAGCCAUAGUGAUAUCAGUACAAUAUAUACUCAAUUUUAUCUCUUUCUUCUCAUAAUAGUGUUAAUUUUCCCACAGAUAAUGUUAUUGCCAACUAAUAAAAGGAAAUAUAUUAUAUAUACUAUCACAUUUAUGGCAUUUUCAUUCUGGUGGCCUCAAAUCAUACGAAACAGUUUAAAAGGAUAUAGACGACCAUUUCUUUGGUCAUACGUAAUUGGAAUGACUAUUACCAGGGUUAUUCCUAUUAUUUAUUUAUUUUCAUAUCCAAAAAAUAUAUUAUUUAUCCCAACGAAUCUUUAUAUAACCUGGGGAGUUUUUGGCUGGUUAUGGUUUCAAGUUUUUCUUCUAGCUAGUCAGGACUUUUUAGGUCCACGUUUCUUUAUACCUUCUAAUCUUUUACGUCCGACAUAUAAUUAUCAUCCAAUACUUUCAGAAGAUGUCGAGACUGCAUCAUCAUAUUUUGAUUCUAAUGGGCGUACAAUUUGUUCUAUAUGCAUCCAAAAUAUAUCAUUACCACGUAUUAACAGGAAUUCUACGAAUAACGCUUCGUUAAUUUUAGGAAGAAGAUCGUAUAUGGUUACACCCUGCAAACAUCUAUUUCAUACAAAUUGCUUAGAAAGAUGGAUGAGAGUUCGCCUAAUUUGCCCAGUAUGUAGACAUUCACUUCCUCCUAUAUAAAUUCUAACCCAUAUUUAAAAUUCUUAAAUUAUAU